AUGAUGACUACUGUCAAGUUGUUCGCCACCCACUCACAGAGUGUUGGUGGAUCGUUAGUGAACGAGCUGACUACAGCUGGGGCUCAGAUAGAUGAGCGUGAGUGUUCGCCUUCAAAGACCUCAUUCUCUAUAGAUGUUUCGGAAAACAUGGAAGAUCUUUUACAAUUGCGUGACUUGAGAUAUGCCGAUGAGGUCUACUUGAAAAUUUACCAUAACAGGAUGCAUCCUAGUAAGGACCAUCCGGAUUGUCCAGUGGUCUAUGAACUUAGUGAAGAAGCCUUUCGACCUCAUCUUACAUUCUGGCAACUGGAUGGUGGAGUAGCUGCUACAGUAGUCGAAUUAGUUGACGUCCAUGACGGCGACAUUGUGCUUGACAUGGCAUGCGACUGUGGAGAACUAACUUUGGAAGUUUUAAGAAACUAUGACUGUUUUUGCAUUGCGAUGAGCCCACAAAUCGACCAGCUUGCUAUGGCUGAAGUAAACUGGGUUAGUCUGCAGAAUUAUCUCAAGAAGGAAGCCGGCAGCAGGGCAAGACAUCUUCAGUUCAUAGCUGUGGAGUUCAACAAAGGUGCUCAUCAUGCGUCGUUUGAUAACGCGUACGACACAGAUGUAUGUGUGUCUUCUGGAGACAAAGCUUCCUCGGCUGACAUUUUCCGAAAGAAGUUGCGCAAUCGAUCUUUUGGUGCCGCAUGA